AUGGAGUCCUGCUCUUCAGCCUUGGCUUUUGCAAGGUUUAAGUUCCUUGGGCCUUGGACUUUGAGGCCAUUUGCAAGGAAGGAUGUUUCUACUGUCAAAUUGACUAUACCAAUUGAAAAGUUGGCCAAAGGUGCUAUUUUGCAUGAAGCAGCUUCUGUUGACAAGGAAUUGGAACAAUCCAAUCAGUCCCUUGGAGAAGUUGCUGAUGAAACUAAGGUUGCAACUGUAGAUGAUAAUGCAAUCGAAGAAAAUGAAUUUCCCUUGUUGAAUAUCAUAUCCAAUGUGGACAAUGUAGUGUCAAAUGAUGUACCGGUUGUGUCUCAAAAUGCCGACUGCAUUACUGAAAGCAAAGAGUCUGGUGAAAAUUUGAAAGAAAAUGAAUCUUUGGGAGUGGUGUCUGAUGAUACUAGAGAAAAAGAAAUCACUUCUCUAUUAGUCCCUGGUGUGUGUGUGUCCAAUGAUAGUAAGGAAACAGAGCUAUUGACUGGGGAACCUAAAGAUACAGUUGAGAAGGCUGAUGAUUCAUUGUCUUAUUCCAUGUCACCUGAAGAGAUGUGGGAGAAGUACCAUGAUCUGUUGUCUGAAACAGACACUACAAUACUGGACUAUGAUGAAACCCGAGAAUUCUUUCUUCAAGAGGCUGAGUUACUGGUUGUUGUAGCCCAGCCAACAUCAAAUGAAGAUGUUAAGGAAAUUGCUUCUAAUUCUGCAGAAAAUACUGUCUGCUCUUCUGCUGAGAUUAUGCCAGACUCCAAGGAAACACAGGUUGUGUCCACAAUCGCAGUUUCUCCAGCUACUGAGAAUCAGGCUCACGUUACAUCUCCUGGGCCUUGUAACCCUGAAUGCACUGCUAUAAAGGAGUCUAUUGAAAAUAUGAUGGCAAGGGUGGGGGAGUUUGAGAGUUCAAUGCAUACCUUUAAAGAAGAUCUGCAGAAGACCCUGGAUAAGCUGAAUGCUAGUUCAUUUUGAGCUAGAUCUUGAUCAAGAUGUUUCUAUCUCUUAGUUCUAAAUAGAAGUCUGUCUUUGCUUGACAAAGCUGCUAACUUAUUUUGCUGGUUUAUCUUAUUGUUAUCCUGCUGUUUCUACUUUCAGUAAUGCAUUGAGUUUUCUUAUGGUCUGAUUAUCAUAAUGAUUCAACAAUAGUAACAUAUUGGAGCCUUUCAUUUCUC